UUAAAAAUAUUUAAUUUUGUUUUAUGGUUUUAAGGUAAACUUUCCAUGGAUUCUUUAACAGAGUUUGAUACAAAUAAAAAACCAUUGAUGUCUAACGCUGAAUUUCAGGCUUUUGUUAUAAGUUCACUAUCUAAACUUAAGUUUGAAAUCAGUAAUAUGAGUUCUACUAUUCAUGCAAAUUAUAUAUCCUCUGAAGCAUUUUAUAAAAAUGUUGGACAUUCAACUUCUUUAAAUUUGUCAAACAACAUUCAACAGUCUGUGGAUAUAAGUGAAAUAUUUCCCAUAAAUACAGAAGAUCAAUUAAAAAAGUUUGAUGACAAGUUAAAAUCGAACAAUGAUUUUAAAUUAAAUGUGAUGGCCAAAUUGUCUUUAUUUGUUGGCAUUAAAAAUGUUGGCGAUAGUGUACGCCGUUUGAUGUCUAGAAUGUUUUCUGAUGAGUUACUUCAAAAUUAUUCUCUGCUGGGGUUUAAGAAGAAAAAUAGAUUUUCUAAUUUCUUGGUCUACCGUCUUAUUCUAGAUGUCAUUAGAGUUCAACCAAAAUUCAGCUCUACUCUUGACAAAGAAAUUGAUGUACCAAUAUCCACAUGGCUCUCUCAUGCAAAAUUUCGUAUUAAAGACAAAAAAAUUUAAAAAAUUUAAGUAGUCCAAUAAGUGAUUGAUGUUUUAAAACUCUAUAUUAUUUUUAUUUUGAUAUGUAUAAAUUAACAAUUAGGUAAAAAGGUAACCUACAGGUAGCAAAAUUUGUGUUUCAUUAUAUAAUAUACCUAUUUUUAAGAAAGUUUUUGUUUUAAUGAGUAAUGACUAAUAAUAUUC